AUGGCAAGUCAGAUUUUAACUUUCAAAAUCACGGAUUUUUUGGAUAUCUCUCUGAUGGGAAAAUUUAUCGGAGAAAAAGGAUGCAAUAUCACGAAAAUUGAGAAGGAAAAUGAUGUUUGUUUGGAUAUUUUGGGAGAAAUGCUGAAAAUAACCGGACAAUAUUGGAAUAUUAAAGCGAGUUCAAUUAAAUUCUCCCUAAAUCUAGUAAAGUAUUAAGAAUUUUCAGCAAGCUUUAUUGGAUGUUCGAAGUCUUCUAACUGCAAUUCGAAAUGAAAACAAUCGAUUUUCAACGAAAAUUCCAUCGAAAUAUGUGGGUUUCAUUAUUGGUAAGCAAGCAUUAAUUAUUACUUUUUUUGUUACUUCACAUAAUACUAUUGUAUCUGGAAACCGCAAAAACCAGUUAUAACAUAAUAUAUUUUCACUUUUUCCAUUCUUCUUUUUCUUUAUUUUCAGGUAAGAAUGGUGCCAAAAUUAAUGAAAUUAAAACGACAGCCAAUGUGAAUAUCGAAAUUGACAAAGAAAAUGAAACUGACUACAUUCCAAUUGUUAUUGUUGGUGGGUUCAGUUUUGUUUUUGAAAAAAAAACCCGAAAAAUAUUUUUCAGGAAAUUACAAUCAAAUUUUGACAGCAGUUCGUUUGAUUCGUGACCAUCUUUCAUCGUUCGGGAAGCACAAACGGGGAAAACAACAGAUAUUAGAAGAAGUCGAAGAAAUUUGGUAA